ACCAGUGAUGAAGCUGUGGGAGACGGUGCUUUGUGCUCUCCUCUCCACCCUCAUCUCCUUGGUCUUUGGUGGACUCUACACAAUCGGAGUCUUUCGUCGCAAAAGACCAAAGGAACCACCCUUGGACAAAGGUCUGAUUCCAUGGUUAGGUCAUGGGUUAAGUUUUGGCAAACAACCUGUCCCACUUCUGCAACAAAUGAGGAAGAAAUACGGAGAUAUCUUCACCAUGUUGGUGGGAGGCCAAUAUAUCCAUGUUUUGAUGGAUCCUCACACGUAUGGAUUUCUCUUCAAGAAUUCGAAAAGCAAGCUGGAUUUUGGGGUUUUCGCGUCCAACAUCGUCUCAAACGUGUUUAAUUUCCAACUGACCACCACUCAUCAUAAGAUUGGGGAAGCUGGCAGCAAGAAGUAUCUGCGAGGGAAGAGUCUUCUUGCCCUCAACCAAAGUUUGAUGCAGAUUCUGAAGGAAAUCUUGCUUGAAUCGGCUGAGGAGAAGUGGCGCCAGGAGGGUCUCUGGCACUUCAGCUACAAAACCAUCUUCCAAGCUGCUUUCCUAUCAUUGUUUGGUGUUGUGCCGGAGUUAGAGGUCAACAGCAAAGAAAACACUGAGGAGAGAAGUUGUAAACCCUACGAGAAGCUUUUUGAGGACUUCCAGCAAUUUGACGAAUAUUUUCCACAAAUGAUCCUCAACAACAUAGAUUCCAAAACUAAGAAGGAGAUCCAGAGGCUGAAGGACUAUUUCUGGAAUCUCCUGUCCAUCGAAAAGAUAGACAAGAGGGAGGAUGUUAGCAUCUGGCUGGUGGACCAGGAUCAACAGCUGGCUGAUGCUGGAAUGAAUGAGAAGAUGAGGACUAAGGUCCAGCUCCUUUUUCUAUGGGCUUCUCAAGCCAACACGGGUCCAGUGACUUUCUGGGUGCUUGCCUAUCUUUUGAAGCAUCCGGAAGCCAUGAAGGCAAUAAGGGCAGAGAUAGAUCAAGUCCUAAAGGAAACCGGUCAAGAAAAGAACCCGAUGAACCUUUCAUUGCAAGCCAUCAAGACUCCCUUGCUUGACAGCGCGGUGGAAGAAGCACUCCGCUUGAAAGCAGGUUCUUUUGUAUUUAGGAGCGUGAUGGAGGACCUCACACUCCAGAUGGACGACGGAAAAGAAUAUGACCUUCGGAAAGGCGACCAUAUUCUUCUCUUCCCUUUCCUGGGUCUCCACAUGGAUCCGGAAAUCUACCCUGAGCCUGAAACCUUCAAGUAUGACCGUUUCGUGGGCCCCGAGGGCAAGCGAAAAGAAUUCUUCAAAAAUGGCAAAAAGUUGAGAACUCAUAUCUUGCCUUUCGGAGGUGGGCCUUCGAUGUGUCCCGGCCGCUUUUUUGCAGUCAGUGAAAUUAAAAUAUUCACCAUGCUGAUGCUCACCUUCUUUGACAUGGAACUGGUCAACCCAGAAGAAGACCUGCCUUCCUCGAUUGAACACCGUAUCGUGAUUGCGACAGCGCACCCAACACACGACAUCGAUUUCAAAUUUCGGCGACGACUCUGAAGUAACUCGGAGUGUAAACCUAGACUUUGUAGCAGAAGGGGAUAAAAAUUAAGGUCGCCUCUGGAUUCGUCUUUGUAGUCUCUGACAAAUGACUGUAACGGAGCCUGCCCAUUGCAGUCAUUUGUCAUAACAGUCACAAAAUGCAACAAUCAUGUAAACGAUCUGACUUUAUGACCUUUUUGGCAAUGGUGGUUAAGUGAGUUUGCUCUGUGCAUGGUUUUGCCAAAAACCAGAAAUAAGUGAUGGCUUUUUGGAAAAACCGUAGUAAACGUCAUAAUCCUGCAAAUGCCCCUAAAUGUGGUAGUAUUGCCUAGCACCCAAAAUUUACCCACAUGGCCAUGGAGGAAUCCCCACCAUUGACACUUGGUCAAAAAUCCCCUUUUUUUGGUCAGUUAUAACUUUGAACUGUUGCUAAGUUGACCGAUCAUAAGUCGAGGACCACCUGUAGAUGUAACUUCCAUAGAUAAUAAUUUUAGAUGGUCAGUCAGAGGACAGGUAAGGAUAGGAGCCAAGGUAGAUGCCUGAAGCUCAAAACAUCAACUGAAGCAGGGGGCUUCAUGGGAAAGUUAAGAUGCCUGUCCCAAAUAUGCAAAAAAAGGUUUCAGGAUUUCAGCUGCAUAGUUAAGGCCACUAACUUGGUUUUUUUACCCCUUCCUACAGACACCACCAAGCUAAAAUUAUAGUUUCCCAACAAUAAGGCGGUGCCGUUUAUAUGUCAGGUUCAAAUCAGUGCCAGACUGAUUUCAAAGGAAGCUUAUAUGCCAAGUUCAGAAAAUGAAAAGGUAAAGCAAAGCUUGCAAGUAACAAAGUUUUGCCCCCUGCUUUUUUCUACCCGCUUGAUAAUAUAAAAAGUCAGGUUUUCGUGGCUUUUCUUCCGUAGAUACAACCUUUCCUCGAAGCCUUGAAUGAUUUCUCCUGUAGAGGUUUCUGGUCUGAUCACUUCAUGAAUAUCAAGGAACAGCCCAACUCUUAUGAAAAAGCUUUGGACAUGCCUGUCUGUUUUAUUGCUUAAUGCUGUUUUAGAAAGAAUGCAGCCACGAAGGGAGUCCAUUUGAAGUCCCUAAUAAACCAGGUUAGUUCUGUAUUAGACCGGCAUGGCAAAGUGUCGGAACGUAAACAAGGCUGAGGAGAGUUUAGGAAAUCUUUCAGAGAAAAACUAUGUAAGGUGAUGUAGCCUUCGAGAAGGGAGGAACCUCAAACCUCAGAAAGACAAUUGUCAGAACAUCCAGCUGUGGUCAUUG